AUGCCUAAGGCCGCGACCAAGCGAGGUGCCGCUAAGGACACCAAGAAGCGCGCGAAGAAGGACCCCAACGCCCCCAAGCGUGGCCUUUCCGCCUACAUGUUCUUCGCCAACGAGCAGCGCGAGAACGUUCGUGAGGAGAACCCCGGUAUUUCCUUCGGACAGGUCGGCAAGAUCCUCGGUGAGCGCUGGAAGGCCCUCAACGAGAAGCAGCGCGGUCCCUAUGAGGCCAAGGCUGCCACCGACAAGAAGCGCUACGAGGACGAGAAGCAGGCAUACAACGCCGAACAAGAGGAGGAUGAGAUCGGCAGGAAGGCGGAUUUGAGGCAGGCGAAGCUCUCACGCCGCCCCGCGUCAAUAGCAGAGCUGGUCAUGCCGCCCAUCGCGGAAUGA